GCCGUCUUUUGUUCAUAUGUCCGUUGAGGCCGAGUACAAGACCUUACUUGCACAUCCUUCUGAUACAUAUCCAUGCUGGAUAUAUACUCCCGAUGACUAGACCAUGACCGGUUCGCUGGGACCAUCCAACGUCGUCAGCCGAUGUAACUAUGGGCGUCUGGAAUACUGGUCAGGGAGGAGGAAAAUUCUAUUGGGGACUCUGCAUACAGGGAGCAGUCAGCUUAGCCUCAAUGAGUAUAGAGGACGGGGUAGUUGUCGCCUGAUCCAGAUGACCGGAUCCUGAAACAAGAUCUUGCACUGUUGGUUACAAAACCCACCUAGCCAGAUCUAUUGGCAAUCUCGGCAUCUUUCAAGAUAGCCAUCCUUUGGCCUCAUUGCCGAUAAGUAGAUCUUUUUGGGUGGUCCAGUAGUAUGAUGAGUUCUGGUGGCAGGAUUCCCUUCCUCCGAGGCGGAGGAGACAAUCACUUGAAUAGCAGAUAAUAAAUCGUAAAAAGGCUGCCGAGACGAGACUGGUCCCUUGAAAUGAAAUUGUACUCAGAAAAAAGAAGAAAAAGGAAGAAAGCGAAUGCACGAAGAAUGACUUUGUCGUGUUGCUUAUCAUCGUUGGUCGGGCGGGUGAUCUCUCCCACGCUUUGGGGUCUUUUGGGUAGAAAGCGACAUCACUCGUCCAGUAGGGCAACCCAAGUCGGGAACCGAGUCAAUGACUGAUGAUUACACCCCGGACUGUGUGUGUAAUCCCCCGAUUCUUCUUCAAUACUCUGACCAUUCGGAAAUAAUCAAUCACCUUCAUCUUUCUCAAGUUGGUUCCUCGCAUCGUUUCUCUUGACUCCAUCGUCGCUCCUUGAUGAACCGGCGUUGAAGUCCUGCAUUCCCGCCCGCAUUUUGGCUCACUCCCGUUUCUUCUCCUUCCACCACUCCUGUCCAAUCCACGGGAGGUCCGAUAUCCUGCCCUCUUCCUCCUCGUCACUCUCUGAUUAUUGAAGCGCCGGGCUCGCUUCGGUCCAUAUUGCGAUCCUACUCCGAUCUUCUCCCCGGGAGUGCGACGAUCGAGAUUCCUGCUCCCGACCCCCACUGGACCUUGCCGCGACCACCUCUUGUGUGUGGACACACUCGGUGUAAUCGCCCUGCUGGCGGGAUUCCCCCCCUCCUCCUCCUCCAUUUCUCAAAACCCCCAACCACGACGCCCUCUUUUACUCGUGUACCAUAGAUCGCUCCGUUACGACACCUCGGAGACUGACGAAACGAGCUAUCCCAUGAAUCGUGCUUUCCGGCUAUAUACUCCAUCAUGUUCUGGCGCUUUGGGGGAUAUGCAAGUAUCUCCACCAUCGAUACCCUUCUGGACAAACCCGAAGUCACCCUCGAGGACCUACUGGAUGAGCCGGAAAUCAUCCAGGAACUGAAACAGCAUAAUACGAAACUCAUAGAAUAUCUGCGCGAGGAUCAUGUCUUGAAACGGCUUAUGGACUAUGUCACUGCACCAAGCUUGGUGAAUGACGACGAAGAAAAUGAUGACGACGAUUCCCUAAAGAAGCAUGCCUCUCCCACUGAAGGCGACACGACUAGACCGACAGACCAGGCGAACACUGAGAACAAGGAAGAAAAAGUCGAGAAAGAGUCUGAUACUCUCAGAGAUGUCUUGGACCCGGAAGAUUUGGACAAGGUCGAGAAGGCUCGUCUGAAGCAUGCCUACGUGGCCUGCGAAAUUCUCUCGUCGGAGACCUGGUCAAUCUUGGAAUCCAUAAUGGCCAAUCCCGCUUACCUGCGCGACUUCUGGGGCUUCCUCCGAAGGCCUGCUCCGUUGGACUCCCUGCAGGCUAGCUACUUCACCAAAGUAAACGAGACCUUACUUGAUAAAAAGACGGAGGAGAUGCUGGAAUUCCUCAAGUCGCUAGAUGGAAUCGUGGCGGCAUUGUUGCAGCACGUUGAUAAUCCCAUGGUCAUGGAUCUGCUGUUGAAGAUUAUCAGCUUGGAAAAGGCUGAAGGCGGCCAAGGAACGGUGGACUGGUUGCAGUCGCAGGACUUGAUCCCGAACCUCCUUUCAUUUCUGUCUCCAGAGCACCCAGGAUCCGUGCAAACAUCUGCAGGUGAUUUCCUGAAGGCGAUCAUUACUAUCUCCGCCAAUGCGACCCCCAAUGACCAGUCCUGCAUUGGUCCUAACAGCCUGACCCGCCAACUCGUCUCACCUGAGCGCGUGCAGCAACUCAUCACUGCGAUGCUGAAGGGUGGCAACCCAUUGACCGUGGGUGUGGGCAUCGUCAUCGAAGUCAUUCGCAAGAAUAACUCCGACUAUGAUCCCGAGCAGAUGGGUGGCCCGGAUUCCAUACCGACACCUUACGAUCCAAUCUAUCUCGGACACCUCCUCCGUCUCUUUGCGCAGCAUAUUCCCCAUUUCAUGACUCUUAUACAAAGCUCCAAGCAUGCUGUGCACGACGGCACUUCACUGAAGUCUGUCGAUCGUGGUCGCUUGAACUCCGCGUGGGGCGCCAGCAUUGAGCCGCUUGGCUUUGACCGGUUCAAAACGUGUGAGCUGAUGGCGGAAUUGCUGCACUGCAGUAACAUGGGUCUUUUGAACGAGCCUGGCAGUGAGGAUUAUGUUCGGCAUCGCAACGAGGAGCGCGACAGGUUGAUCCGCGAGGGCGUUUUCAAUCCGCAGCGAGAUGAACAGUCAGGUAUAGAUUACAAUGACACCACAGCCGAUUUCACCAAUGGCUCAGUCAUGGACACUGGGUCACCAGAGGCUCUCAAAGCUCGUGUUGUCGAGGACGAAGGCUUCGAGGACGUUGGUGCCUCUGGCGUUCUGGUCGACGAGAAGGGCGAGGAGAAGGAACCCAGCCCGCAAGCUGAGUCGCAACAGCCCUCUGAGUCAAAUACCGAGACAUCUGUGGAAACACCAAAGACAGAGGCAGACACGCCGUCAUCGCCAAAGACUCCAACAACCGGUCUGACCGACCAAGUUGGCGAGAUGGAUCUCGGAACUCAAUUCUCGCAGGACCUGCCGGUAUCUACGGAGAAUGAGAAGGAAGACGCGUCUGUUACUGUGGAUUCUGAAGAUGUUCCUGCUCCACUGUUUGCGACGAAGGGAUCCCAGUCAGAGUCUACUGCUCAAGCAGAGGGAGCCGCUGAGCCAACCCAAGAGAAUCAGGAAACCCAGCCCGUUAACGAUGGUGGAGCCGAGGAUCCUGCCGAGCAAUACAUUCAGUACGACACGGAUGGUCGUCCCGUGGUUGGAGAUUACUUGAAGAUCAUGUUUGUCGAGAACCAAGUGGUGCCAACCAUAUUGGGCUUCUUCUUCCGGUUUCCCUGGAACAACUUCCUUCACAAUGUUGUAUAUGACGUGGUCCAGCAGGUCUUCAACGGCCCCAUGGAACGUGGAUACAACCGUGCCUUGGCUAUCAAUGUGUUCGAGACUGGUCAAAUCACGAACGCCAUUGUGGAGGGCCAAAAACGCAGUGACGAGGCCCAGCGUACCAAGCAAAUCCGUCUUGGCUACAUGGGCCACCUGACCCUUGUCGCCGAGGAGGUCGUCAAGUUCAGCGAGCGUCACCCUCCAGAGCUGCUUUCACGAUCCGUCAUGGAGUCUGUCCUGAACCCGAACUGGAUUGAAUAUGUCGAGCAGACCCUUUCCGAAACUCGGGAACGUGACAACGCCAUCCUGGGCGGUGUUCGGCCCGAUAUGGCCGUCGGCCCUCGCCAGACCACAAUGAACACUUCCACCUCCAACCAAGGAUUCAGCAACAACUCCUCUGCCUUGGCCGAUGCCGGGUUGAACGGUGGAAUUGGCGGCUCAACUUUCCAGGGCUUUGAGAUUAACCAGGGUAGCGUUUCUGGUGGAGCCUUUGGCGGUGGUACUUCACUUUUGAGUGGCUUUGCUAGCUCGAGCGAUGAUGAGGAUGAAGAGAUGGAAGACCAAGAAGACCGAGAUGUUACCGGUGCCGACCACGGCGAUUCUGAGAAUGUCUCUGAAAAUUCUACCAGCCAGCCUAUUCCCAUUUUGCCUCCACCUCCUGCCCCGUUGAGUAUGGGUCCCUCUAGAGCUCGGCGUCAGCUAGCAGCACGGCUUGCGGCCCAGAAACAGCAAGCAGCAGGGAAUGCAAAUGUCGGAGAGGAAGGAAGUGCAGAGGAAGAAGGUCGAGAGUGGUCCUCCAACCCCUUCAUCAUUGCAGGAAUUGAGGAUGAUGCCGACGGCGGCAGCUCGGCGUUCCCCAAUUCCGAUUUCGCGUCCAAUGCGGAUCAGACCUUCUCCCCCACGUUCCCCGAGUCUGGAUUCAGUCCACCUGACUCGCUAUCCACCAACUCCUCCGAUGAGGAAGGCGAUGGUCGCGCAGAAGGCGUGCGACGACGCGUUCGCGUCCCUCUCGAAGUCGAGGAAGAUGAUGACGACGAGAUGGGCGAGAUGGUUGGACCCAGUGCGAGCGGAAUGGUUGACUCGGACGAUGAAGAUGAAGCCAUCAUCAACGAAUCUUUGGGCUACUCCAACCUCCCCGGCCAGACGCGAUACAGCGGUUUCCGCCGGCCGCGGGCAGUGAGUUCCCACUUUGACGAUGACCAAGACGAUAGCAGUGACGGUGAAGAUGAUGGCUUGGUAGAGAUUCUCGUCCCUGGCCGCAAAUCUUCAACCUCCAACUAGCCGGGCUUCCAAUUUUCAGACCUGAUUCCCCUUCCGCGUUCGCUUUUUCGUGCAUUUUGCACCCAUCUUUUAUUGUUUCUUAUUUUCCCCCUGCUCGCAUACACUAGCAACGAUGUCCUUUGGUCAAUGCCUACCAUUCAGAAAGAAAACCAUACCUUUCCAAUGGCCAAGUUUUCCUCCUUGUCGCGUUUUCUACUCCAUGCUUUUCCUCGUUUUCUUCUUGAUUUUCGUCAGUCGGGGAUGUUUACAUCCAUGCUGCUAACCGUGGCAUGGCAUUUGUAUAUAUGUUUCCAUCUUCUGGUUCACCUGGGGGAGGGCUGCAUUAUGACCUUUGCUUUUUGUAUUUUGAGCUCGCGAGUCCGCAUGGGGUGAGAGCUUGUAUCGUGCUUUUUAUGAGCCGUCGCAUGCGUUGCGGGAUAGGGCGAGCCUGGUGGCUUAUUUGAUGGGGAUGGAUGCUGAUGCCCUUGUACGAUACUUGGAUUAGAGAGAAGUCAAUUGAUGCUUUAUUCAUGAGAUGAUGGCCGUAUAGACUGCUAGAGUUAUUCUCGAUUUGCACUUCCCUUUGGCGAUGUGUGACAGUACUUUCUUUCAUAGCCAAAACUGUACUACGUACACUCGCU